AUGGGGGUACAAUUAUUUGGUGGAAAAUUUUAUAAAUGUGUUUAUGUUGGUACACAUGAUCGUGUUAAUAUAUCAGAAAAUAUUAAGAAUAUAAUUGAUUGUUUAAAUAAAAAUUUUACAUGGGAAAAUUCACGAAUUAAUUUUGAUAAUGUUCUUAAUGGUUAUUUAGCUUUAUUUCAAGUUGUAAGUUAUGAAAUUUAA